CAUAAUUUUUUUUUGCCAAGUUAUCUUUAUUACUUACAUUUGUGACAAAAAUUAUGUUUUUAUGAUUGCAAAAUGUAAGCGUAGUGAUGACCCUAGAGAUAACUAAUAGAACAAUAAAGUGUGUCACCUCGGGUCGCGUAAUAUACGCCGGGUUGUAGCAGGAGAUGCACGGUACACGACCAGUCCGAUCCGACAUCCUCGCAUUUCUGAAAUAAUUGCGUUCGAAAUUUGAAUUUUCAUUUUGUUUGUCUGCUGGCCAGUGUUGGAACUUUUUGGUUGCAAGUGUUGUAGUAUUCGCAUGGAUGUGGCACUUUUUGGCGCGAAACAAGCAAGCUGCCGUGAUGCUGGGAGUGCUGGCAGCGGCCGCGCUGGUGGUAGUCCUUUUGGCGACGAAGGGCGCCAGCCUCGCGGUUGUGGAGAACCUUUCUACGGAAACGGAUGACGUCAGUGAUGAUCCCUACGUAUUCUCCACUUACAGUCUACCAUCAGACGAUCGGUUCAUGCCAUCUAUCGGGAAUGGUCACCUGGCGACUAAUAUCUUCAGCGAUACGGUUUACAUGAAUGGCUUGUACAACGGCUUCAAAGGGGAGAGUCAUCGCGCUAGGAUUCCUUCCUGGGCGAACAUCAGAUUGAAUUCAACCCUGACACGGAAUCCCUACAGUCCCAUGUACAGUCUGGAUACAAAGCAUGGAGUGUUUACUGUUACUGUGGACAGAGAGAGAUCGGUUGUCACGCAGAGGAUCUAUGCACACAGAUUUUAUACGAGAGCAAUCAUUAAUCAGAUACAAGUCGCUUCCAAACAUCGUCCGGAUCCAAAUUUCAUUCACCCUGAGAUAUGGAUAGCUUUAAAACUGAUGCCAGGACCGGCCAGUGUCGAUAUAGCGUUCGAAGGACCGAUACCAGAGAUUAUAGACGGCCGUACUGUGUGGAGCGUCUGUGGUCAGACGAAGGUCUCCGAAGAUCCGACGUACCAGCCUCUACCAGUUGAUGUGUGCGCAUAUUGGACCUCUGUGCCGGACCAUUUAGUGGUCCCACAACACGGGACCCGAGUGUUUACAUUCGCUAUGACAGCGGACAAAAAUAAAACCGUAGCGAGAGAUGAACUUAUAAAAGUAUUACAGAUAGAUGGCGAGGAGCUGUUUGACAAGCACGUUGAGCAGUGGCAGCGAUUAUAUAGACAAGCUGGAGUGCAUGUUGAGGGCAAUUUAAAAUUAGCUAAAAUAGUCAAUGGAAUCUGGUACUAUUUCCUGAGCUCCCUGCCCGCUGAAGAGUCACAUCAUCCGUUGGACCGUUACUUUGGUCUCAGUCCUACAGGACUCGCGAGAGGCGGAACAUUUGAUGAUUAUGAAGGUCAUAACUUUUGGGACACAGAGAUGUGGAUGUACCCCGGCAUCCUGCUACUAUACCCUCAAUACGCGCACGCACUGCUUCAGUAUAGACUUGAGACAGCGUAUGUCGCUGCACACAUCGCGAGAAGCACGGGACAUAAAGGAUAUAGAUUUCCAUGGGAGAGCGCGUACACGGGCACAGAGGUGACACAGCCCUGUUGUCCGGAGGUGGCAGAGUUCGAGCAGCACGUGUCUGGUUGUAUCUCCUUCGCUGCCCGACAGUACCUCGCCACCACUAGAGAUGAAGAAUGGUUAGAGCAAGGUGGCUGUUCUCUAGUAACGAACAUAGCUGACUUCUGGGCAUCGCGUGCUGUCAUCAAUUAUACCACUGGCUUCUACGACAUCGAAAAUGUCAUGGGUCCUGAUGAAGACCACAGUAAUGUGACCAAUUCAGCCUUCACUAAUGUUGUCGCCGGAUAUUCGCUGUAUUUAGCUCAAUAUGUAGCAUGCCUUUGCAAGGAUUAUUACAUGUCCCACGAGCCGGAGCACUACGCGGAUAUCGCGUGGAGUCUCGCGCUGCCGUACGACGCUGACCUCGACUACCACCCGCAGUACAAUGGCUAUCCACGCGGGGAGGACAUCAAGCAGGCUGAUGUUGUAUUACUCGGGUUCCCGCUACAGUAUACUAUGAAUGAAUCUACAAGAGUGAACGAUCUUUCGUACUACGAGUCUGUAACUCGCAGUAACGGACCAGCGAUGACUUGGAGUAUGCACGCAGUGGGACAUCUGCGGCUGGGAGACACUCUGCGCGCCCACAAGAUGUUUAACAAGAGUUAUAACGCCUACGUUAGGGAACCUUUUAAGGUGUGGAGCGAGCUGCGUCGUCCUGAUGUAGGUGCUGUGAACUUCCACACCGGGAUGGGCGGGUUCCUCCAAAUGUUGAUGUUUGGUUACGCUGGUCUCGGAGUGUACCUCGACAGGUUGGAGAUCAACCGUCCUCAGUUGCCGCCGCAGACCAACAAGUUGAAGAUAAGAGGUAUAAAAUAUCUGGGAGCGAAUUUGACUCUGGACAUAGACGUAGAUGACAUCAGUCUGACGGUGACCAGCGUCGACGACAACUGGCCUUUAAUCAUCAAUAACGGGAAGUACAAUGUCACACUGGUGCCAGGAUUGACAGUGACAUUAUCAGGAGAUGGACCAUUUACAAUACGUUCUAACCAGUGGAAGGACUGCAAAGUACCUGCUGACGUCAUCGGACAGAGUUAUCUUAGACCUAUCAAAAAUUAAUGUACCAAAGAUUAAAUUAACAAUUUUGUUAGAGAAAUAUUUGUACCUAUUGUUUUAACUUCAUUGGACAUCAGUAUCAAAUUAAGUUACAUUUUAUUUUAACAAUUUCUACGCGAGCCUAGUCAUUUAUCUUUUGUAUUAUUAAUGUAAAACUAUUUGUUUUAAUUUUAAGAAUUAUUUACCUUCAUGAUAAAAAAAUACGUCUAAAACCAGUAAACUUAUUUUCUAUUUACGGACGCCAAUGUAAUUAAUGUCACAAUUACGUAAGUGUUUUCGAAUUUGUUAUUCAAGUUGAUUUGACCCUUUAGAAAUUAUAAUUAGCUGAUCUUAAAAAUAUUGUUCUAAUUAUAUCCAAGUAUGCCUGAUGUUGAAACCUGAAACUGCUGAUGCUACGGGGUAUAGAAUUUCUUGUUAUUGACAUCGAUAUAGUGCGACUUAUUUAUCUGACCCGGUAGGCAAAAGUGAAGAUGAUGUCACCUGAUGGGAGUGCCCGCAUAUGUAAUAAAACAGUGCCGGCGUUAAGAUAGGGCGCGGUUUGGUCGUUCAGGGCGCCUGAUAGAAAACGCUACUGGCCUUAGCGUGCCCGAGGGUUAAUUUUAGUCCCUUUCUAUUCUUUUCUUUUAAAGAUUGGAUGGGCAGAGGUAGUAGAUUAGACAGUGGAGGAGAUGCACAAGGAGAAAUAUCCUCUUUUAGUGCAUCUCCUCCUCUGUCGAUUAAGGGCCUACCCUUGCGGAUGUCUGGGCAGCGGUUAAUUCGCCAUCUUGGCGGAUUCAAGCGGCCGCCGUUUUCCACCUUAUGAUAUUAAAAAAAUGGUAAAGUGUAGGCUUUUUUGGCAGAUUUAAUUGCGAUAUAAUCGCCAAGUCCUACCGGGUAAAUAUAUUUGUAGCACUAUAUAUUUGAUGGUAUAACUUCAGUCUGUAAUAUUUAAUCUAUCUGAACUAAUUUGGACACGUGGAAAAAAUUUGGCUGACUAUUUAACUGAACAAGUGCAUUGACAUGAAUGUACAUAGUGAAUCAUCGCUUUUAUUUAUUGCAAUAGAAACAGAAAUAUUACUUAAUAAAUUGUUAUAACUCAUACGAAGAAUGUAUCACGUUCAAAUUUUAAAUAAACAUACUUAACAGUAUUAUUUUAUUUCUUACAAUUGCAGUUAGAAUUUCCGAAUAUUAGGA